AUGUCUGUUGAAGUGCGUGACUAUGGCACGGCAGCGUCUGCCAGCCGCUCUUCUCCCGAUAUCGAGGCACUACCAGCCUUCCCGACAGUUGAGCACUCACCCACUCCUUCGACUGCGCUUCCAGACGUUGGGAGUUUCAAACGUGUUGAGUCGCAGGAUUUCAUAAAGCGGCGGAUAAAACGUUCAGAUACCGCUCGUUCUUAUCACCGUGAGGGAAGCACAUCAGAAAGUGAUAACUGGCACCCAGGAGAAGAGCCCGGCCUUGAUCCUAGAGAGCCUCUUCCUCCAUACCGGACAGGAGGAGAAACACUUCUUCGAGUCAAAAGCACACAAUGCGACAUUACAGUUGUGGAUUUCUCUCAGCAUGAUAUGCAAAUGUAUCACCUGGAUAAUACUACCCUGGGGUCGUUUUUGAGUAAGCCAAGGCAGCCUUGGGUCAAAUGUCGAUGGAUUAAUGUGAAUGGGCUGAGCUGGGAUGUUGUUAGCUUGCUUGCUAGUUAUAAGGGAUUGCACAGAUUGGCAAUCGAGGAUCUAUUGCACUCUGUGAAUCGUACAAAAGUUGACUGGUUUCCAGACAACACCUUUAUUGUUCUUGCGAUGCAGAAACUAGUCAAGCUUCAGUCGGACGGACAGUUUGCUAAUUCUUCCGGCGAAAGCGAUAGCGAGAAGGGAUAUAAUGGCCAAUCAAAUGAGAAGCCCAAGAAAAAACGGAAACAGUCAAAAAACGGAGCGGUUAUUAUGUCAGCUCUUAUGGAUGUUCUAAAGCCCUCUGGGAGAAAGAAAAAACUUGGGACAAAAGCAUCUGAGCUCCCAUUUGAUCAUACUUUUCGUGGAGGUGAAAUCCUCCGGACGGGUGGCUCAAGGCGCAGCAGGCUACGCUCCCUUCAACGUUACCGAAGCGGUCCCAAUGAGGAUCGCAUUGAUUUCAUGGAGAGGCAUGCUGUCCUCGCAUCAAGAGGCCUGGGCGUUGCCAUCGAACAAGUUUCAAUAUUCCUUCACGCAGAUAACACCGUAACUUCUUUCUUCGAGGCCAGUGCUCAAGAUAUCGAGUCACCGAUCGUCCAACGGCUAAUGUCCCCUGAAACUAUCUUACGCCAGUGUUGCGAUGCAAGUAUGGUCGUCCAAGCUAUUCUCGAUGCUAUCGUCGAUCUGGCUAUCCCUGUCACAAUGGCAUAUCAGGAUGCGAUUGGGGACCUGGAACUAAGUGUCCUCACUGACCCCGAAAUCCACCAAUCGACGCGUCUUUAUAUUUUGACCUCCGAAAUUGCUGUUUUGCGUAACGCAAUGCAACCCAUAAUCGGCGUUGUGAACACUCUUCGGGACCACACAUCUGGGCUAGCCUCUCGUUCAGGAACAACACCCCUGAAAAACUUGUCUUCUCCAUCCAUGAAUACGCUCCCCUUAGAUCCGGUGAAUACGAAACCGGACAAUUCUUAUCCGGAAGGAGCUAAGAUGCUAACUGUCGUCCGGAUCAGCCCUAUUUGCCAUACUUAUUUAGGUGAUGUGUUGGACCAUUGCAUCACCAUUACGGAAGGAUAUGAUCAAAUGAGACGAUCUGCUGAUAAUAUGAUUGAUCUUACCUUCAACACCAUUGCAACAUCUAAACUGGUCACAUACCAGGACCGUUCAUACUUAACUAAAUCUGUGAAGGGCUACUUCGGGAUGAAUUUCGUACGAUUCGAAGGGGUACAAAAUCAUAGCGAUGCGCGUGAUAUGAUUCAACGAUACUUUAUAAAACUUGCUCAACAACAUAUGAUUCACACGUCGCGGAAACGGCGGCAGGAAUCCCAACCAGCGUAG